GUCAAGAUAUGAGCAAUCCAUUAGAGUUUCUCAGAAAAGUGUUUGACAUUCUCGAAUCUGAAAAUGUUUUUGUCACUCAUUCAGAUGAAUUGAAGUCGGUUGUUGAUUUUAAGCAUCCACAUGAAAUGGAGGUGAUAAUAGUUUAUAAAUCCCUUGCUUUAUUUGUAUUUGAUACUUCAACGCCGCUGUUGAACUUCUCUCUAUCCGAUAAUAACGAGCCGAACGAUGACGUUGAGAUUGAAAAUUUAUGUCGCGAAGUCAUUAAGCUUUCAGUAAAGACCAAUAAUCGCAACUGUCAUAAUCAACUUUUUGGGGGACUGGAUUUUUAUGGAUUAGCGGCUGAGUGGAUUACAAAUGCAUUAAAUACAAGCCAAUACACUUUUGAAAUGGCGCCGGCUUUUACAUUAAUAGAAAAGGAAGUCCUGGAGAUUUCACACAAAUUAUUCGGAUUUAAAGACGGGGACGGCAUUUUAUGUCCCGGAGGCAGUUCUUCCAUUAUGUAUGCUAUAAAUGCAGGUCGGUUUUCGAAAUUUCCUGAAUCGAAGGUAGAAGGAAAUCCCAGUGGUUUAGUGAUGUUUACCUCGCAUGACUCUCAUUACGCUCUAAUAAAAGGCGCGUGUUUUCUCGGCAUUGGAAAGAAAAAUUUAAUGUUUGUAAAAACCAACGAACGCGGUCAAAUGAUUAUUGAAGAUUUGGAGAAGCAGAUUAAUGAAGCAAUUAAAGCGAAUCUCAAACCGUUUUUCGUGAAUGCAACCUGUGGAUCGACGGUGCUCGGAGCAUUCGAUGAUUUGAGAAAGAUCGCAGAUGUGUGUGAACGAUAUAAUUUGUGGCUACAUGCAGAUGCUUGUCUAGGUGGUUCUGCAAUAUUAUCAAAACAACGAAGAAUCUUAUUACAAGGUAUCGAACGAGCUCAUUCUCUAUCAUGGAAUCCACACAAAACGAUGGGAGUGCCCCUUCAAUGUUCAAUCUUUCUUGUUAAUCAAAAAGGACUUUUACACGAGUGCAAUUCAUCAUCGGCAAAUUACCUUUUUCAGCAAGAUAAAUUUUACGAUACGUCGUACGACUCCGGUGAUAAAUCGCUGUCGUGCGGAAGGAAAAUUGAUGCUUUCAAGUUCUGGCUUAUGUGGAAGAAACGAGGACUGUCGGGGUUUGAGAAUCUUGUUGAGAAUGCUUUUGAGAUGGCUGCAUAUUUGGUGGGGGAGAUAAAACGACGAAAAGGAUUUGAAUUACUGCUGCCAUCUUUUCAGUAUACGAACGUCUGCUUCUUCUACAUUCCCAGAAACAUGCGAGAAAAUGAAUCUAGAGAUCAGAAGUGGUGGGAUAUCAUUUCAAAUAUCACAACCCUCAUCAAAAAACGCAUGAUGAUAAAUGGAAAUCUGAUGGUUGGAUAUUCACCACUUAAACAUAAAAAUAUUGGAAAUUUCUUUCGGAUGGUUGUCACAUGUCAUCCGCCG